CUGACCCUGAACGUCUGGCCCUGCUCGACCACGCCUACGAGUUGGGAUGCACCUUUUGGGACUCGAGUGACUUCUACGUACGUGUCCGAUGCAUACAUGCAAACCUUCCACUCGAACAGAGUAACUCUGAUGGACUUGCAGGGUGACUCCGAGGUCAUCAUCGGCAAGUGGCUGGCACUGAACCCAGAGAAGCGCAAGGACGUCUUUAUCGCCACCAAAUUUGGCGGCGUUCGACUACCGGACGGAUUUGGAUUCCGUGGCGACGCUGAGUAUGUGCCUAUUGCCUGUGAGCAGAGCUUGAAAAGGCUCGGGGUCGAGACUAUCGACCUCUGGUAUCCUCACCGUCUUGAUGGAUCAACCCCGGUCGAGCACAUCAUUGCUGAGAUGGUCAAAUUGAAGAACCAAGGCAAGAUCCGCCACAUCGGCCUCUCAGAGGUGUCAUCCGCAACCCUUCGGCGUGCCCAUGCCGUCCACCCUAUCUCAUGCAUGCAGAUGGAGUACAGUGCCUUCAGCACCGAGAUCGAGUCCCCGGAGCACCAACUCCUCGCGACGUGCAGGGAGCUCGGCGUGGCUGUCGUCGCGUACUCCCCGUUGUCCCGCGGCCUGCUUGGUGGUGGCCUCCAGGGCCCCGAUGACUUUGAGGAUGGCGACAUCCGCCGCUUCUACCCCCGAUACUCCAGUGAGAACUUCCCCAAGAAUAUGGAGCUUGUCAAGGGCUUCAAGGACGUUGCUACCGCGAAGGGCGUGACUGUUGGCCAGGCUGCCCUUGCGUGGCUUCUGGCUCAGGGGGGUGAUAUUUUCCCCAUCCCAGGCACGAUCACACCAAAAUACCUAAAAGAGAACUUCGAAGCGGUGUACGUGCAUCUUACACCUGAUGAGUCGCAGCGCCUCCGCGACCUGGUGGACAAGGCGUCCGUGUUUGGCGAAAGGUACCCGGCGGAGCAUGGCGGUGGUCUGUUCGCCGACACACCACUUCCCGAGGAAUGGGAUGGGCAGAAAAGGGAUGUGACUGUCAUUGGCCAAGUUAUUCCUCCCAAGCAAUGA